CAUCAGUCAUCACACGGCACGGCUGCCCCAACCCUUACCCAACUGCCUAAUUGAAGUUGGAAACAAACAGCUCAUCCUCCCCCACCUCCUCAUUCAAAGCCUUUGAAAACUGGUUGAAUGAUUUAAUCCCCCAAGUCAAAUACUUUUAUUGGGAAAGUUGUCCUCUGUUUUUGAUCCAUCAGAAAGUGCCAGAACCCAGAUUACCCUUUUGAUGCUAAAACCCAGGAAUUAUGAAUUGAUAUCCAGGGAAGAUAACAAAGCUAGUGUCUUUCCUUUUUCACCUACCUCUUCGGCCCUACCGCCCUGAAUUUCCCCGCACAAGCCAGCUGGCUCUGAAUUGGGAGCAGAGGUAAAGAAAAGAAAGAUAGAGCAGCUUACAUAAUUACUUUCCCCCCUUGGUUUCGGUGCUGAAUCCUUCGUUGGCAGAAAGGGGAUUUCUUGUGCUUUUCACUCCCUCUCUCCCUCUCUCUGUAACAAGGACGAGAACGAGGACUCUCACAUGGGUUGGCAGCUAGUCAUCCCGUAUGGGCGCAAGUGAAAUAUGGAUUCUUGUCUCAAUAAGAAUGAUGGGUUCGGCAUAAAUUCUGCGUCGGUCGUUCCGGGGUUGGAUCCAUCUAUGAUUUCAAGUGCUGGGUCGCGUUCUGGUUUCUGAGAGCUCAACUUAGGUGGUUUUGGUAUAUAUAAAGGAUUCUAGGCAGAGUUUGAGAGAAUCGGUUGAUUGAUUCAUAGAGGCUAAAGUAUGGACAAGAAAGGGGAAAUCUCGUUAUAUAGAGCCAAGUUGGACAAGUCUUUGGCAUCUCCUGAACUCACAGAUCAUGAAGCUCUUAAAUCCCUCGUCAGGGAUCAAAUGCUACAGUCUAGAACCGAUGAGAGUGAAGCUUGCAGUGAGAAUCUGGUGGAGAAAAGAACUGCUGAUGUGUCCAACUUUCUUGACAUGUUAAGGAGUGCCUCAAGUAGUGGGAAAGAGCCAUCCAAAAUAAAUGAGCCACCAUCUGGUGAAUGGAAAGUUAAGGACAAUAACCAAGAGUACCGCGUUAUGUAUCGCCCAGGACUUCAGGGCACCCCCUUUCACACAUUGCUUGUGGAAGGCUAUGUUGAUGGUCCUGUCGAUGCAUGUUUAUGCAUCGGUUGGGAGUCCACUUUGUACAGGAAAUGGUGGCCGCAGGUGAUUAUGCCGCCUUUCAAGAUUGCAGUCUGCAAAUGCUUAAAAAGGAUUCGGAUAGGCGAACAGAUAUCUUUAGUGAGGGUGAAGGUUGCCUGGCCGCUGCAAGCUAGGGAGGUUGUAAUUCACUAUGUCUUAUUUGAGUACCCCAAGGAGGGGGUAAUUAUCGUUCUUAUGAAUACGGUCCCUGACUUGGAGGCCAUUGAUAUAAAUACCCAUGGUUAUACCAAGGAUGGAAUACCUGAAGCUCAAGAUGUGGUAAGAGCGGAAUUGGUUGGUGGCUUUGCUUUACAGAAGGUUACCCCAACAAGAAGUUACUUCCGGACUAUAGCUACUGUGGACCUGAAGAUUGACUUCGUUCCUCCAGCUCUCAUAAAUUUUAUCUCAAGACAGCUCAUUGGGAGUGGUUUCAAGCUUUAUCAGAAGGCAGUAACUGCAUUAUAUAAGGAUGAUGAAGAAUACAUCCGAGCUUUGGACGAUCCAUUCUAUGUUCGAAUGAGAGAUGCUAUCUAUGCAGCCAACAGCCAGCAUCAGAUCACGGAAGGAAAAGCAAACAUUGAUGAAGAUGAUGGAGAUGAGUGUUUGCCAGAUAGAGCACAUGAUGUAGCAAAAGAAGAAGUAAAUGAGAUUGAAGAAUACGGGAGUGAAGGAAGCGGCUACCUGUUAGAUGGAGAUGUAAUCAGAAGUGCAGAACAGAGAGUUGAAAGAAGUAAUCAAUCUGGUGAGAGCAUGGAAGAAGAUACCGAACCUACGGGGCAAUUGCCGAAUGUUGACAAAGGUAUAAUAGGUCAACCCUCUGCCUCAACCAUUAAAAUUGCAGGAAAGGGUUAUAUUGCUAUAAAACCUGAGGUAAAACAAGCUUUAGAAAUUUUAGAGAGGGCCAUCUCCAUGGUUCGGAAAUCUGAAUCUAAUGCUGUAGUGAGGCCAUCAUCUACUACUCCUGUAACUAAUGAAGAGACCUCCAAUCUGGAAAAGGGUGCAGAAGAAAAGGAUUCAAAUUCUACAAAAAAGGACGAUGGGUUGCCUCCAAAUGCUGAUGAUUCCAAGAACGGUUCAUCCUGUUCCUAUGCCAGGCAUUCGACAAGCUCUGUUACAAGGGAAUAUAACUAUAAGAAAGUAGCACCAGCAUCACCAGAACCAUUCGUCUCCAAUCCUAAGCAAGUUUCGAGUGAGACUGGGAAUAAUAUUGUAGAUGAAGCCAUAGUAAUGGACCAGAUUAGGGAUGAUGAGGAUAAUAAACUAGCCUCCAGGGACGUCGUAAAUGGCAUGAACGAAAAUGCUUUGCGGAAUAAAGAGGGAUUGAAGAAGAAGCAGAGACGGUUUGCUUUACCUGGUAGCCGCUUGCAGAGAGGGAAGCAGAAGCAGCAGCAUCGGUUGUGUUGCUUUGCUCCUAGUCCUGGGUCAGUAAAGUGAUUAAUCACCAAGACCUUGACAUGGAAGGAACUGAAUUAAGUAAUUGAGCUCUCUCUGUAUACAAGUUUUUCUUUUCUCUCUUUAUCUUUAGCCACGAUGGAGGAUUAUAGUUAUCAGCAGAGGUUAGGAUUUUUGAUUGUAUGUGUUUAUAUUAUUAUUUGUUUCCACGCAAGUUUGCUGUAUUAGCCUAGUAGUAAUAAGGAGGAGAAAAAGCAGUUCAAAAAAAAAGGAGGAGAAAAAGACAAGAAAACAUCGUCAACAAUCAACAAGUUUUUCUUCUCCCUUGUAUUUUAAUUAUAAUAUAUUAUUAUUAUUAUUAUUAUUAUUAUUAUUAUUAUUAUGUUAAUAGGAAUACUAUUUUGGUUUAUUUGGGAUUAUUAUUAUUAUUAUUUCUUGUUAAGGAAGAUAUUGUUUAACAAUUGGG